CACUGAUCCUUUUGGAGCAUUCAGAAUGUGGGACCGAGGCUGCAGUCCCGUAAUGAUUGCGCGGGGCGCUCUCGCAAUGUGGGCAUAGCUCCUCCCCCCGUCUGUCCCGCCACAAUGGACAGCAGCCGGGGCGGCAAGCGGCAGACACUUGGGGAGCAUAAGCUCAACCGCACACUGAGCAACCCGGACAAUCUGCUGGCCGCCGCUAGAUCCCCUUACAAGAUCCAGUCCCCCGCAGCCAGCCCCCCCAAAGCGACAACCCCUAACCCCCAGAGCACGACCGCAUCACCAACAAACAAUCCAAAACACAAAAGGGGGGACAGAACAAAUGGGGCCCCGAACAGAGCGCUGUCUCUUGCGGGCAUGCCCCCCCCUCGGGAGCUGCGUCACCUGACCAGCGAUCUGGGGGGCUCGCUCGCAUCGAGCAUGUCGAUCGACAUUCCCAAGCGGCCGAGCCCUAUCCCGGUGCCCCACACGCAGCGGCUGCUGGAGGGCUGGCUGUUCAAGAUGGGCCGCCGCUCGUUCGGCAAGGGGUACCUGCACAAGCGCUACUUCUGCCUGGAGGGCCGGGUGCUGUCGUAUUGGAAGCACAAGCCGAGCGGAAAGCAGGUUCCCAUUCGAGCAAUUCUCAUUGAGGGUGACACACGGAUUGAUGACAAGGGCCUGGAGAUGCGCAAGGGCCAUGCAAUUUAUUGCAUUGAGCUCUAUCAGAAGUCCCUGGGGCACAAGCAGAUACAGAUUGGCGCGUCAAGCCCGGAAGAGAUCACGGUCUGGAAGGAGGCCCUCGAGAAAGUCAGCAACAAUCCGGGAUCCUUCAUCAAGCGCGCGCUCACUGCAAGCGGCCUCGACAGCCUGACGGGCCCGUCCAUUGGCUCCCCCGAUGCUGACUGGGACAGCUCCGAAUCCAUGGGCGACUCUUUCCGCAGCAGCAAGGAGGACGCCCGGCCCCCGGUGCCCAUGCGCAGGCUCAAGUCGACUGGGCCAGGCCUGCCGAAGACGUUUGUGGACUGGGCAUCGGCGGAGCAGGAGGCGGCAUCCCGCGCCCCGGAUCGCCACUGGAAGCUGCUCGCGUGCGACAACGGGCUGCGCUUCUACGAGGAGAUUCCGGACUCCGAGAUGGGGAUCAAGGCGAUGAAGGCGGUGGGGCUCGUGGAGGCGUCCUGCGACCUCAUCUUCAACGCCAUCAUGGCGCUCGACGAGACGCGCUACGACUGGGACGCCACCUUUGGCGAGUCGCGCGUGGUACAGCACGUGGACGGCCACACCGACAUCAUCCACCAGACGCUGCUCCAAGACUUUCUGCCCUGGCUCAUCUGGCAACGGGACCUGUGCUACACGCGCUACUGGAGGCGAAAAGAUGACGGCUCGUACGAGGUGCUGUACCAAUCGUGCGAGCACCCGGACUGUCCGCCCGAGCCGGGCUACGUCAGAGCGAACAUGACCAGUGGCGGCUACAUCAUCUCCCCCGUGAAGCCGCGCGCCGGCCAGGAUGUGGCCUUUUGCCGGUCGCGCGUGGAGCACGUGUUGCAGCUGGACGUGCGCGGCUGGCUCAUGCCGCUCGGCCGCUGCAUCCUGCAGCGCAACUUUACCUGGAACAUGCUCAAGCGCGUUGCAGGUCUGCGCGAGAUGUUUGCCUCGGCGACCGAAGUUCCCACGUUCAAGAUCAACUUUGCAAGCAUCAACGAUGCAGACGAGGACGAAGACACGGGCGUCCGGAUGCCAUCGGGACACCGUCCAAAGAUCCCCUCGCGCCUAGUUCACAAUUGCCAGAUGCCCUGGCGGCGCAAGGGGGGAGAAUGGCGAGGUGACGGGGGCGGUAACGGUAUUGAGAUGGGCGGUAACGGCGUCGUUCGACGGAGUGUUGAGGGCAGCGGCGAGGACCAGGCGUCGAGCUCGGAGGACGACCCGGAAUUGGAUUUGCAGGCAGCGACGGAUCUCGGGGAAGACACUGCGGUGUCGACGGGGGAGACUGAAUCCCCCAUUGCGGAGAUCCCGCUCGAAACGGAAGAGCUGCCGUCAAGCGCGAGCAUCUUCCAGGAGUUGGAAGACCUGGGUACGCACCGGCGGGGGGACCUCCUCAAGGGCAAGGACAGCUGGUCCGAGCCCGGGGGGCGGCCGUUCAAAGUGCGCGGGAAGACAUUUACCAUGGAUCGGCGAAAGAUUCGUGCUGGGGACCCUUUGUGCCGGCUCGUUGCAACGGACUGGUACCGUUCCAACAAGCGCAUCGACCACGUUGCCCUACGCGAGGGAGGGGUCGUUGAGCACGCGGCGCGGGCGGGGGGCGACGUCUUUCUGUUUGUGGUCAACAUGCAGGUCCCCGGUGUGACCCACUACAGCAUGGUGUUUUACUUUGCGCACGAGCGGCCGCUCGCGCCGGGCAGCCUGCUCUAUCGGUUCGUGCACGGAGACGACAGCUUCCGCAACAGCCGCCUCAAGCUCAUCCCCUCCAUUCCCAAGGGGAGCUGGAUCGUGAAGCAGUCCGUCGGCUCCACCCCGUGCCUGCUCGGCAAGGCCCUCGAAUGUACAUACUUCCAGGGGGCCAAUUACCUGGAGAUCGACGUCGACAUUGGGUCGUCCGUGGUGGCCAACGGAAUCCUGGGGCUGGCCAUGGGCUAUUUCCCCUACCUCACCGUUGACAUGGCCUACCUGGUGCAGGGUAACACUGCAAGCGAGCUUCCUGAGGAACUACUGGGCGCAGUCAGGGUCUCCAAUCUACAAUUAAAAUCCGCAGUGCAUAUUCCGCAAUAACGCAAUACACCUUAGGUACGAAAGGUAAGGUAGGAACCUCAGGGCAGGAACUAAACCUAAACCUUUCGCCCAACGAUUCGUACGCUGUGCAUACGCUUGAUAUCCUACUCACCGAAAUCGUAUAGCUCGCUGCUCUUGUGUAAAGCUGCAAAGGUACUGCGUUGACAAAUUCGUAGGAGGGACUCAGUCUGCAUUCAAGUGUCACGGCCAUAUGGCCUUGCCCGUCUAUCUGGUCAUAAGGUCCAUCUAAGAAGCAAACAUUGUUUUGAUUUUCGAACUUGAGUGGGCGAAUGCAAUGCUGUGCGUGGGCGACGGCAUC